GUUCUGUUUCACUUUCGGUUUUCAAGAUGGCGUCCGAAUCUGACUGUGAUUCUCCGUGUGUAUUCCCUCGCUCCAUCCCCGGCACUGUGCUAGACGAUUUAUGCAGUCGAUUUUUAAUUAAUAUCCCGGACGAGGAGAGGAAAGACGUGGUCAGACUGUGCUUUCAAGUCGAAACCGCGCAUUGGUUUUAUCUCGAUUUUUACCGGCAAGAACGACCGGAGUUACCCGCUUGUGGACUCAAGGAGUUUACAAAGAUUAUUUUUAACAAAUUCCCAUUUCUCAAUAAGACAGACCAACAUGUUGAUGAGAUAUUUGAUAACUGGCAAAAGUACAAGUUUAGUGUCCCUGUUUAUGGGGCCAUAAUACUGAAUGAGGCAUUGGAUAAGUGUCUGCUGGUUCAACCUUUUAUGUCUCGUACCAGCUGGGGCUUCCCAAAAGGCAAAGUCAACAAAGAUGAGAAUGAGUUUGAUUGUGCCAUCAGAGAGGUACUGGAAGAGACUGGGUUUGACAUCACGGCUUAUGCAAGUCCAGAUCAAUUUUUAGAACACAGUAUCCAUGAUCACCUGGUCCGACUCUACAUUGUUCCUGGAGUCCCUGAGAACACUCACUUCCAGACACAAACAAAAUGUGAGAUUAAGGGUAUCCAGUGGUUUGUGGUUGAUUAUCUCCCCACCAACAAGAGGGAUCAAGUGUGUAAAGACAAUCUUGGCCUCAACCCAAACUGCUUCUACAUGGUGUACCCUUUUGUUAAAGGUCUACGUCGAUGGAUAUCGAAGCAAGGAAAAUUUGGACGAUCUGAAAAACAUAGUGAAGCUGUGGAGAUGUCAAGCCCUGCUGAACAGCAGCUUCAGAAAUUGUUAGAGAAAGAAGAAGCUCGACUGGAACAAGACAGAAAAAAGGCAGCUUUGGAGAAGCGACGGAAACAACAGCAGGAGAAAUUCCAACUUCAGCACCAACUAAACCACCCUCUACGACAACACCAUCAUGCCCAUCGACAACAACUAAAGGAGGCAAGAGGUUACCAACCACGUGACAACCGUUCACCAGUCGAACACGAGCAGUCCCAAACACCGGUGAGGAUCCUCCAACGCGCAAAUACCGAGCAAAGCGUCACGCAAUCCCGUGAUCAGAUAGCCAACCGUGACAAGCGCCCCGUCACGCCACCUCAGUCGGAACCGCGUGACCAGCAGACCCCCAGCCCUUUGAUGCGGCUUUUCACGGGGAAAUUAGAACCCAUGAGCCCAGAGCAGAUGUCGCGGUUACCCUUUGCGCCGAUCGACCGAGCCCCCGUGAGCUCCUUUUAUGGCAGUGUCACGCAACCUGGCGUGAUCUAUUCGAGUCACAUAAGCGACCAUCGCCGAGUGAGCUCUCCGCGGGGCGGUAAACCGGAAAUGGACCCUAUUAUGAAGCUUCGACUGUUGACGUCACAGGAACCGAAAGAGCCGUCUCAAAUCAAGGACACUCCUGUGUCCAGAUUCCAUUUUACCGCUUCUGCUUUUACAGAUUUUAAGUUCGAUAGGGAGGCUAUCCUAAUGACGUUACCAUGACGACGGUUUUAGAUAGAAGCAAGAACGUGUUUUACCGUAGGCGUUGAUCCGAUAAACAAGAUACAUAACACGUAGCGACGGCGGGCUGUCUGGACGAGCAGUUCUUAUCAGACUCUUUUUUUAGUAGAUCUAGAAAGACUACAGACAAGUUGUAGAGAACUAGAUGGUCUGCGUAGGCGUGGUGUAGACAAGCUAUAAAUCAACACAAGCUUGAAAAAGUAAGUUGGACUCCUCUGUGAAAUAGAGUAGUUGCGCUGACGUGUUGACGUUACUUCUUUUUUGGAGAUAAAGCAACUACUACGUAAGCGCAACUGUUUCACAGAGGCGUCCAACAUACUUCACCUUGUGUUGGUUUAUAGCUUGUCUUUUUUUUUUUUUUUUUAUUUACUCGCGUUGACCAGCUUUCUUUUCGCAACACUAAAAGACUAUAAGUCGUAUUGACGUUUGAACUUAUCUAGCCUGCUGCCGGCUUUCCGGAGAUUCGGGAUUCCUGUGGCGAGGGAAAAGGUCCACAGGAAUCCCGAAUCACAGGAAUCCGUAAUCAAUGCAAAUACAUGCAAACGAAUCUUCAUUUGUACGCAUUUGCAUUGAAUACGGCUAAUGGAUAAUAACGUUUGAACUUAGCCUUAGACUCCAAAUUUUAAGUAGGUUGGCUCAUUCUUUGUGUAGAAGAGGGGGACUUACGCUGCAUUCACACCAAACCAUGUUUAGUUAAACAAGUCUUUUCUUUAUUGAUAACUUGCCAAGUUUUUCAUGGUAUUGAAUUCUUACCAGCUCAAUGAUCCCUUAGUUUUGUUCUUGGUUCUGUCUGGGAGAUUGAGAUUUAAACCAGUUUAAUUAAACCACCUUUAAACUGGUUUAAGUGCUGGUGUGAAUGCGGUAUUUAAAAUAGAGAAAAGGGGCUUUCCAAGAUAUCGUUUCCCCUUUUAUACACAAGGCAUUUUUGGACCCAACAUGAAGCUAUACGAAUACGUAUAUUUCUACAUUAGACUAACAAUGAUGUUCUUGGAGUUUGGUUACUUCAUAUGCACACCAAAAGCAUCUCCCGUCAACAAUUAUCGAGAUUGAACACGCAAUAGAAAAGACAGGGUCGAGGUGUAUGCGUGUGUCCAAUUAUAUGCCAAGGACUUACUUCCCUUCCUCUUUAAUCCUCUCCUCUCUUAAGCGAAACCGAAUGUCUCCCCUUAUUAGAGGCAUUAGAACAUAACCGCAGAUACUUCGAAACGCCCAUAUGACCUCGUUAUCAAAACGAUAGUGAUAUCGGAAAGCCAUAGGCUUACUCUGGAUUUACAUUACACCGGGUCUUAUUCGGACUGCUAUAUAAGACGCACUGUGCUGCCACGCAGUUUACAUGGAUGAGAAAGUGUUAGUAUUUGAAUGCCCCUUUUGGUUAUGCGGCAAGUACAGACACUGGAGAUGGACUCUGGCCUUCUUCAGCGGUUCUUUAACGUCUCACAAUAACAGGUUUGUUAGCUAGGUUUUGGCGAGACGGGACCGCCAUUUAACGUAGUCAUCCGAGCCACGAGGGGUACACAGUCACCAAUGUAGAGAGCCAGGUUUUUGCACCUCUGGAAAAAUUCCAUGUUCGUACCCUGGUCCUCUUGCUUGAGAAGCGAAGCCCGUGCCACUAAGCUAUCGCACCACUAUAGCAUGCGUACAGCCGGGAAUAGUUCCGUUAUUAAUAUGAACUAUUUCCGACUGCACGCAGUCUACACCUCCAAAGUUUCAACAUAGUAUCACCAAAGUGUCAACAUAAUAAAUAUAUACAAUUGCAACCAAAA